AUGACCCUUCGUUUCUCAUCGCCAACCUUGCACUGCACCCAGCUCACCGUAUUCACCACAGCUCCAUGUAGACGAUCGUUUAUAACUUGGAGAGGAAUCGAAUCUAAACAUUUCUACAAGGGCUUGCUCGCUUACCCACAGCCACAGCUAUUGAGGGGGCCUAUGUCAUCUAGAAAACCAGAGAUCCCAACACCCCAUGAAAGACGUAGCAAACGGCGACGGAUUUCAAAGACUUUUGGGAAAAAAAUUUCACAGAAAGCCGUGGCUAAAGAGACGAACAUGAACCAUCCAACCCUCCCCCGAAUUGUGCUCACGCCUAUCGAACAAACUCUGCGACUGUGUCUACUUGAUGCAGCCGAGUUCAUCCAGCAACGUAAUAAAAGAGAACCAGACACAACACUAACAGCUACAGAGCCCCUGGUUUUGCGAUUCGCUGGAGGAUGGGUGCGAGACAAGCUUCUCGGUGUUGAAAGCCACGACAUCGACGUAGCGAUAAACUCCAUGACGGGGGAGAGAUUUGGGGAGGGCCUCAAAGAAUACCUCUCUAUUCCUGGAAAUCUCAGAAAAUACAAGAAACUUCACCCUUCCAACCCUUCUGUUGUUGAUUUCAUUAAGCUUCAUAAAAUCGAGAAGAAUCCUGAAAGAUCAAAACACCUGGAGACAGCCACGACGAGAAUGUUCGGAUUGGAUAUUGACUUUGUCAACCUUCGGAAGGAAACAUAUACAGACGAGAGUCGAAAUCCCCAGAUCGAAGUUGGGACACCAGAAGAGGAUUCACUUCGACGGGAUGCUACAGUGAAUGCUUUAUUCUAUAAUAUUCAUACAGAGUUGAUUGAAGAUUUUACGGGACAGGGAUUGCAAGACAUGGAGAAUAAAGUCAUACGCACACCAAUGGAACCAUUUCAGACUUUUAAAGACGAUCCACUCCGAGUCCUACGGUUGAUUCGUUUUGCAAGCAGGCUGGGCUACACUAUUGAUUGUGACACGGAAGAAGCUAUGAAAAUAGAUGCUAUCAAAUCAGCUCUAAAAGCCAAGAUUAGUCAGGAAAGAAUCGGUGUCGAGAUUGAGAAAACCUUGCGAGGUCCUGACCCCUUGACAGCCUUACAACGGAUCAAUCGAUUAGGCUUGUAUGAUACUAUACUUGCCAACCAUCAGGAUAAUGUCGGGGUUGAUACAUCGUCCUGGGAACAGGGUUAUGAUGUGCUAAGCCUCCUAUUGAGUAAUUCCGCCGAAAAUGGUACCGGAUUUGAAAAGUCACGUCAAUAUGUCCGAGAUAUAUUGAUCCGUAAUGAGAACGAGCGGUACUUUUCAUGGCUUCUGGCUGCACUUGCGCCGUGGACCACAGUUCCAGACCCGAUACCAUCGAAGCCCACGGAGCCUAUGCCCCGUGCAACAACUGUUGCUAAAGAUAGUUUGCGCGCCGACAACAAGGCUGCCAAUAUCAUUACCGCGGCAUCCAAGUAUCACAAGAUGAUAUCUAAUAUGAAAUCAUCCUUCCUCAAGGACGAAAUUGCCGAUACUCCCCCAGAGGUUCGUGCCAAAGUUGGACAAUUAAUUCGAACCAUAGGCCGAGACUGGAGAUUAUGCUUUGUCCUUGCGAUAGUCCGCGAAGCUAUGCAUGGACAAGAACCGCACCAAUUAUUUCAAAGUUACGAGAAAUUUCUCUUGUACAUUGAGAAUGACAAUCUUCUCGACGCAUUCUCACUACGUCCACUUAUCAAUGGUCAUGAUAUCGUCAGUGCACUGGGCGUGAAAACGGGGCCGUGGAUGGGUACUGCUAUGGAGAUGUUAAUUGAAUGGCAGCUCCGCAACCCAGAAGAAACAAGCAAGGAGGCCGCGAUUAGUGAACUCCUUCGAAGGAAAGGGGAAUUGGACUUGAAUAAUAUCAAACGCAACAUAUAG